AUGUCGUGGACGCGCGCAUCAACCGGGUCGCUACUACCCCGGGACGGCGCGGAGAGCUCCACCGACACCUUCCUCCGCCUGAUCUCGAAUCCAUUCAAUACUGAGGUCAACGAGAGCGCCUUCUGGUCGUCUCUUGGAUACUCCGUCGGCGCCGCUCUCCUCUUCGCCCUCCUCUUCUGCCUCCUCCGCCCUUACAACAGCACCGUAUAUGCCCCACGCCUAAAGCAUGCCGACGAGAAGCACGCCCCACCCGCUGUCACCAAAGGCGUCUUCGCCUGGGUUGGCCCCGUCGUCAAGACUCGCGAGCAGCUGCUUAUCGAGAAGGUCGGCAUUGACGCUACCGUUUUCCUGCGCUUCACCAAGAUGUGCCGAAACAUCCUCCUCAUUCUGUCCGUGGUUGGCUGCGGCGUCUACAUUCCACUCAACUUGGUCGAGAAUGCCAAGAACAACGUUUUGGGGAACGUGCCGACGUUCAUGAAGUUUACCCCGCUUGGUGUGUGGGGGAAAGCGUGUUGGGCGCAUGUACUGUUGUCGUACAUAUUCGACGGCGUAGUCUGCUAUUUCCUGUGGACCAACUACAAGGCCGUUUAUAAAAUGCGGAGAGAUUAUUUCGACAGUCCCGAGUAUCAGCGUAGUCUGCAUGCUCGGACGUUGAUGGUCACCGAUAUUUCUAAGUCCUACCGAACCGACGAGGGUGUAUGCAGAAUCCUGGAUGAAGUGAAAGUGACGGACGGCCACCCCCGAGGAGUCAUCGCCCGCAACGUGAAGGAUCUUCCGCAACUCAUCGACCAACACGAGAACGCCGUCCGUGAAUUGGAGGAGAUUUUGGCAAAAUAUCUGAAGAAUCCGAACUAUUUACCAUCGAAGCGACCAACCUGUAAGACGCAGAAGCAAGACCGUGCUUACACACCUGGGACAAAAGUAGACGCCAUCGAUUACCUGACAUCCAGAAUUAAGAGCUUGGAAAUCGAGAUCAAGGAGGUUAGACUCACCGUUGACAACCGAAACGCUCUUUCGUACGGAUUCGCCAGCUAUGAAGGCAUCGAUGAGGCGCACCAGGUGGCGUAUGCUGGCAGGAAUAAGCAUCCUCAUAAAGCCUCGGUCAGGCUUUCCCCGAAGCCCAGUGAUCUCAUUUGGGCCAAUCUUCCACUGACACCUGCUCAACGCCAUGGGAGAGCAAUCCUCAACAACAUCUGGGUUGCUCUGCUCACUGUUGUUUGGUGCAUUCCUAACGGUCUUAUUGCUGUUUUCCUGGCAAACUUGAGCAAUCUUGGGCUUGUUUGGAAAGAUUUCCAAGUAGAGCUCUCGGCGAAUCCGAAGACGUGGGCUGCCGUUCAGGGUAUUGCUGCUCCUUUGAUUACCACUCUUUUCUACUUCUUCCUACCCUCCAUUUUCAGACGUCUCUCAAUGAACGCCGGAGAUUACUCGAAAACCUCCCGCGAGCGCCAUGUCACUCACAAGCUCUACUCCUUCUUCGUCUUCAACAACCUGCUCGUCUUCUCGCUGUUCUCUACAGCUUGGAAGUAUGCCGCCGCAGUCAUUGAAGCAGAGAAGGAGAUCAGCGUGUGGGAGGCACUGAAGGCUGCAGACCCUUGGGCCAACCUUAUGACGGCUUUCUGCGACGUUUCUCCAUUCUGGCUCAACUACCUCUUGCAGCGCAAUUUCGGUGCCGCAUGGGAUCUGUCACAGCUGGGUAACAUGGCUUGGGGUUGGGCUGUCCGCACAUUCACCAGCCCGACUCCUCGCCGGCUGAUCGAACUUACCGCGCCCCCGCCCUUCGACUACGCCGCAUACUACAACUAUUUCCUCUUCUAUACCACCAUCGCCCUCGUUUUUGCACCAUUCCAGCCUCUUGUCCUGCCUGUAGCUGCCUUUUACUUCUCCAUGGACAGCUAUUUGAAGAAGUACCUCUUGCUGUACGUCUUCAUCACGAAGCAUGAGUCAGGUGGCUCUUUCUGGCGUGUGCUCGUCAACAGAGUGCUGUUUGCUACAUUCUUUGCCAAUCUCGUUGUGCUUCUCUUCCUUAUUGCCAGGAAGGAAUCCUACAAUCAGCUGAUGUGCAUGAUUCCCCUUCUCCUCCUACUUGGGGGGACAAAGUGGUACUUCAUGCGCACCUUCGAUGAUGGCAUGCACUAUUACAGCAAGGGAGUCAAGAAGGACCAGGAGGAAGGUCUUCCAGAGAGGAAGAAGCGUCGCGAUCGUGUCGGUGUUCGCUUCGGACAUCCGGCGCUUUAUAAGCCAUUGAUGACGCCCAUGGUCCACUCUAAGUCUCAACAUCUUCUCGCCCAGGUGUACCGCGGCCGCCUGGAAGCCGACACAGACGGAGCCAAUACCGGCUACGGUGACACCUUCAAUAUGGAUGACAUGUCCAAGACGCGCCCUGGCAAAUCUGCCGGUCCCAAUGCGCCAUUCGAGCUCGUCAACGACUCGCAACUCGACUUCGAAAACUACCGCAAUCGGCCUGAGUUCCGCGAAGAGUUCGGCGGCGAUGGUGAGCUAUAUGGUCGUCCAUCAGAUAUGUCCCGGCCUGGCACGCCCGGCACCUUCACCACCGGUUAUGGUAGCGACAACGGCUCCCGCUCUGGCUCACCCGCCUUCAACUCUCCUUACCGCGGCUCUCAGGACAGCGACCGCACCUUCACCGAGGGCGACCUGCAUGCCGGCAGUUCCGCUAGUGGAGGCGCUACCUACCCGGCCGGUUACCACCAGCCGCCCGUGCUGGGAGUUUCGUCCGUCUUGGCCAACCAGCCUCGCUCAUACAGCCCGCUCCGCCGCAUGUCGUCCGAAGAUCUGGCCGGACCAGCACAGGUGAACAACACGAACAUGAUGUACAACCGGGAUUUCUCGGACGUGAACCUUGUGGGCGGCGCCGCGCCGAUGGGGCGCGCGGGUGGAUACAGCCGCCUCGAUGGCGGGACUGCGCCCGAGAUUUUGCAGGAAGAGCAGACGAGUUAUGAUUUCUUCCGGAGACCGAGAGGAAAUGGAAUGAGAGAUACGUAA